GAACAAAAGAAUACAUAACAGCGGUAGUUCGUUUGCGGCUACGUUCUGAGUUCAAAUUCCACGGAGGUCAACUUUGCUUUUCAUCCUUCCGGGGUCGAUUAAAUAGGGACCAGUUGAGUAUUGGAGUUGAUGUAAUUGACUUACCCACUGUCCCAAAUUUCCGGCCUUGAUCCUAUAGUAGAAACAAUUAUUAUUCUUUUAUAGAUUAACAAUCCCCUUCAUUUAAUAAUGAUGAUUAUGAAAAAUAAAGGGAGGUAAGAAGCAUUAGAUACGGCAAACAAUUCAUCUAAGAGUUACGCAUGCGCAUUAAAAUCACUUCUAUUCGUUAAACUUAGAGACACGUACCUGGUGCCCGAAUUUCUCUUAAUUAACUCCCAAACACAUUUAUAAUACAUUUCUCUACCACCUGAUGCACUUAUAACAACACGAUCCUUUAUAAAACCAUUUCCAAUAUCAGAUGACAUUGGAAUAACUGAAGAUACAUUCUCAUUAUUUAUCAUCUUUUAAAGACCAAAAUGAAAAUAUUGUACAGAGCAGAUAUAGAAGAUUGUUUCUAUAAAUCUAUGGUAGAAUUCCUCUGUUAUUAGCAGGACAUCACUGGCUGGAGUGCCUACAAGAUGAGUCUGGUUGCAAAUUACUUGGAUAAAUUUAUUAAAGUGUUUUGGGACAAAAGUAACAUUGGAUAAAAAUACAGCAGGCGAAAUAUUUGUAAACGAAAGAGUAUAAAAGCAAAAAAAAAGAAUAAAAAAUAUUUGAGAAGAAAAAUAAUGGAAAAAAGUAAGAAACUAAAGGAUUUGACUUUUCCUAAAGAUAGAGAAAAGGAGAGAGGAAAAUUAUCACAUGACUGUGAUGUCUGUAAAAUGUCAUUCUCUAAAAGAUGUAACUUGACUAAACACAAACGUAUUCAUACAGGAGAGAAGCCAUUUCACUGUGAUAUCUGUGAUAAAUCAUUUUCUGCGAGUGGCGACUUGACUAGACACAAACGUAUUCAUACAGGAGAGAAGCCAUAUCAUUGUGAUAUCUGUGAUAAAUCAUUUUCUGGAAGUAAUGGCUUAAAUAGACACACUCGUAUUCAUACAGGAGAGAAGUUGUAUAACUGUGAUAUCUGUGGUAGGUCGUUCUUGAAAAUUAUUGCUUUAACUUCUCACAAACGUAUUCAUGCAGAAGAAGGGCUGUUUCACUGUGGUACCUGUGGUAAGAUGUUCUCUCAAAGUAAUGAUUUAACUAAACACAUGCGUAUUCAUACACAAGAAAAGCCUUUUCACUGUGAUGUUUGUGGCAAGCGAUUCUCUCAAAGUAAUAACUUGACUACACACAUACGUAUUCAUACAGGAGAGAAACCAUAUCAUUGUGAUAUCUGUGGUAGGUCAUUCUCUGUCAAUGGUACUUUAACUACUCACAAACGUAUACAUACAAGUGAAAAGCCCUUUCGGUGUGAUACCUGUAGUAAAUCAUUCUCUCGAAGUACUAGCCUAACUAGACACAAAUGUGUUUAUAGAAGCUAAGCUGGUAGGUCAUAACACUGUGGUAUUUGUAACAGUAAGUCAUAUCACUAUGGUUUCUGUGAUAAAUCAUUUUCUGGAAGUAGUGGCAUUGCUUGUCAGAAGCAUAUUUAUACAGGGGAAAAGCCAUAUCACUGUGAUAUCUGUGGUAGGUCGUUCUUUAAAAGUAGUGCCAUUGACUUUUCAACAAGGUAUUCGUACAGGAGAAAAGCCCUUUCACUGCGAUAUCUGUAGUAAGUCCUUCUCUCAAAGUAGCAACUUAACUAGACACAAACGUGUUCAUACAGGAGAGAAACCAUAUCACUGUGAUAUCUGUGGUAAAUCAUUCUCACAAAGUAGUGCCUUAACUUCUCACAAGCGUAUUCAUACAGGAGAAAAUCCUUUUCACUGUGACAUCUGUGAUAAGACAUUCUCUCAAACUAAUAACAUAACAUAAAUAUUUUCAUGCAGGAGAUAAGCUGCAACCACUAUGAUAUAUUAUGGUAAAUCAUUCUCAGCAAGCAGUAUUUAAACACAAACACGAAGCCAUAUCACUGAUAUCUGUUGUAAAUCAUUCACUGAAGAUCCUAACUUUAUUAAACAUACUUACUUAUAAAGAAGUGUAACUGUUUUAGGCCAUUCUUGACAUGACUAACAUUUUAACCUCCACCAAGAAUUGGGACAUACAUUUGGGUUUUAGUGAUGGCAAAGACUAAGCCUCUCGUUCUUAGACCCUUUUAUACUCUCUUUUACUCUUUUACUUGUUUCAGUCAUUUGACUGCGGCCAUGCUGGAGCACCACCUUUAUAGUUGAGCAAAUCGACCCCAGGACUUAUUCUUUUGUAAGCCUAGUACUUAUUCUAUUGGUCCCUUUUGCCGAACCGCUAAGUUACGGGGACGUAAACACACCAGCAUCGGUUGUCAAGUGAUGUUUGGGAGACAAACACAGACAUACAAACAUACACACACACACACACACACAUAUAUAUAUAGUAUUUUUUCAUUUGUCUUGCCCUUUUACAGUCUGUUGUGUUGCUAAAUUUUUACUAAGAACAUAUAUUCUUUUUUCGUGGGUAGAUGAUUCGGCAUCUAU